CAACAGGCUGUUUAUUGUGAUGGAGUACUGUGAUGGAGGGGACCUUAUGAAGAGGAUCAGUAGACAACGAGGAGUGCUAUUUGGUGAAGACCAGAUUCUGAGUUGGUUUGUACAGAUUUCUCUAGGACUAAAACAUAUUCAUGACAGGAAGAUCUUACACAGGGAUAUAAAAGCACAGAACAUAUUUCUUAGCAAGAAUGGAAUGGUUGCAAAGCUUGGGGACUUUGGUAUAGCAAGAGUCCUAAACAAUUCUAUGGAACUUGCUAGAACUUGUGUCGGCACACCUUACUACCUGUCCCCAGAGAUCUGUCAAAAUAAACCCUACAACAAUAAAACGGAUAUUUGGUCUCUUGGCUGUGUCUUAUAUGAGCUCUGCACACUCAAGCAUCCUUUUGCAGGUGACAACUUACACCAGCUAGUUCUAAAGAUUUGUCAAGCCCAUUUUGCCCCAAUAUCUCCAAGGUUCUCCCAUGACCUUCGGUCCUUGAUAUCUCAGCUUUUUAAAGUAUCCCCCAGAGAUCGUCCAUCUAUUAAUUCCAUUUUGAAAAGGCCCUUUUUAGAGAAACUUAUUGCCAAGUAUUUGACUCCUGAGGUCAUUCAGGAAGAAUUCAAUCAUACCCUCCUAAGGGGAGCAAGACCAUCAGCUUCUCGACCUGCUAGGAAGGUGGUUCCAGAUUCUAAUAAACAGAAGGUGAGAUUCCAGGGAAAGUGCCUACCAAGAUCAAGGAUAUCUGUACCAGUUCAAAGGAAGGAUAUAUUACAUAGAAAGGAAUGGAGACCACCCACUGGCGCUCAGAAACCCGUAUUUAUAAAAAUGGUGGAAAGACCCAAACUUGCUGCAGUGUGUGGACAUUAUGAUUAUUAUUAUGCUCAACUUGACCUAUUGAGGCAGAGAGCCCAAGCACCAAGCCACUGCUUUGUUCCUCAAAAAGAUGCUGGAUCUGAGGAGAAUUAUAAUCAGGAAGAGAGUCACACCCCAUCACCAUGUCAAUGGCCUGCUGAAUAUCUUCAUAGGAAAUUUGAAGCUCAGCAAUAUAAGUUGAAAGUGGAAAAACAGCUGGGUCUUCGUCCAUCUUCUGCUGAGCCAUGUCACAACCGGAGAAGUAAUAAAGACGAGCCUAGAUUCCAGGAGCUGCAGCUCAGGAGAAAUGAAAUGAAGGAACAGGAAUAUUGGAAGCAGUUAGAGGAAAUCCGCCAGCAGUAUCACAAAGAUAUAAAGGAAAUCCGAAAGAGGAUGGGGAAUGAACUGGAGGAGGACUCAAAAGUAAGUCAUAGAACCUACUUGGUGAAGAAGAGUAACCUACCCAUCCACCAAGAGGCACCUGAGGAAGACACACCUGUGCAGGAUAUUGAAAGAGACUUGAAACAGAUUAGACUUCAGAACAUAAAGGAAAGUGUAAUUCCAGAACAGAAAUAUAAAGCUAAGAUUCUGAGUUGGUUUGUACAGAUUUCUCUAGGACUAAAACAUAUUCAUGACAGGAAGAUCUUACACAGGGAUAUAAAAGCACAGAACAUAUUUCUUAGCAAGAAUGGAAUGGUUGCAAAGCUUGGGGACUUUGGUAUAGCAAGAGUCCUAAACAAUUCUAUGGAACUUGCUAGAACUUGUGUCGGCACACCUUACUACCUGUCCCCAGAGAUCUGUCAAAAUAAACCCUACAACAAUAAAACGGAUAUUUGGUCUCUUGGCUGUGUCUUAUAUGAGCUCUGCACACUCAAGCAUCCUUUUGCAGGUGACAACUUACACCAGCUAGUUCUAAAGAUUUGUCAAGCCCAUUUUGCCCCAAUAUCUCCAAGGUUCUCCCAUGACCUUCGGUCCUUGAUAUCUCAGCUUUUUAAAGUAUCCCCCAGAGAUCGUCCAUCUAUUAAUUCCAUUUUGAAAAGGCCCUUUUUAGAGAAACUUAUUGCCAAGUAUUUGACUCCUGAGGUCAUUCAGGAAGAAUUCAAUCAUACCCUCCAGGGAGCAAGACCAUCAGCUUCUCGACCUGCUAGGAAGGUGGUUCCAGAUUCUAAUAAACAGAAGGUGAGAUUCCAGGGAAAGUGCCUACCAAGAUCAAGGAUAUCUGUACCAGUUCAAAGGAAGGAUAUAUUACAUAGAAAGGAAUGGAGACCACCCACUGGCGCUCAGAAACCCGUAUUUAUAAAAAUGGUGGAAAGACCCAAACUUGCUGCAGUGUGUGGACAUUAUGAUUAUUAUUAUGCUCAACUUGACCUAUUGAGGCAGAGAGCCCAAGCACCAAGCCACUGCUUUGUUCCUCAAAAAGAUGCUGGAUCUGAGGAGAAUUAUAAUCAGGAAGAGAGUCACACCCCAUCACCAUGUCAAUGGCCUGCUGAAUAUCUUCAUAGGAAAUUUGAAGCUCAGCAAUAUAAGUUGAAAGUGGAAAAACAGCUGGGUCUUCGUCCAUCUUCUGCUGAGCCAUGUCACAACCGGAGAAGUAAUAAAGACGAGCCUAGAUUCCAGGAGCUGCAGCUCAGGAGAAAUGAAAUGAAGGAACAGGAAUAUUGGAAGCAGUUAGAGGAAAUCCGCCAGCAGUAUCACAAAGAUAUAAAGGAAAUCCGAAAGAGGAUGGGGAAUGAACUGGAGGAGGACUCAAAAGUAAGUCAUAGAACCUACUUGGUGAAGAAGAGUAACCUACCCAUCCACCAAGAGGCACCUGAGGAAGACACACCUGUGCAGGAUAUUGAAAGAGACUUGAAACAGAUUAGACUUCAGAACAUAAAGGAAAGUGUAAUUCCAGAACAGAAAUAUAAAGCUAAGAGAGGGGUAAAGUUUGAAAUUAAUUUAGACAACUGCAUUUCUGAUGAAAACACCAUCCAAGAGGAAAAGGCAGUGGAUAUGCUAAAUGAAACUUUGACCUUUGAGGAUGGCAAGAAGUUUAAGGAAUCUAAACGUAUUAAGGACCAUGAAGAUUAUACAGACAAAGCAUUUGAAAAACUCUGUCGCCCAGAAGCAGAAUUGUUCAUUCAGGAGGCUGCAGCUGCAGAAAACAGAAGACAGUGGGAAGCCAGAGCUCCUCAGACUCUGCUGCGGAUGAUGGCAGAGUCUGAAGUCACUUCCACCUGCACCACCAAGCCUGAGGGUGAGUCCGCAUCAAAACGGUCCUCAGCAAGGGCCGUCAAUGCAGCUGUGUUGUGUAGCUCAAUGACUGGAUGCCCUAGUCAGCGCAGCUGCCAGAAUGAAAUGGCCCAGAUCAAGUUAGGGUUCUGGAAGCUAGAAGUCCAGGAUCAAGGUGCCAGCUAUUUUAGUUCCUGGUGA